AUGUACCGAGACCUUCGUGAGUUAUAUUGGUGGCCUGGUCUUAAGCGUGAAGUUGCUGAUUUUGUAAGUAAGUAUUUAACUUUCCAGCAAGUGAAGGCUGAACAUCAGUUACCUUCAGGGUUGUUACAACCAGUUAAAAUUCCACUUUGGAAGUGGGAGAGAGUAACUAUGGACUUCGUUAGUGGGCUACCCCUAACACUUACUAAGAAGGAUGUGGUAUGGGUUGUAGUGGAUCGGUUGACCAAGUCAGCCCAUUUCAUACCAGUUCGUACUAAUUACUCUUUGCAGAAGUUGGCUAAACUGUGUCGUACUCCUUCGUGUUGGACUGAGUUGGGCGAACGACGUGUUUUAGGCCCUGAAUUGGUUUCUGAUACCGAUGAUAAAGUUAGAGUAAUUCGAGAUCGACUGAAGGCGGCAUCUGACAGACAGAAGUCGUAUGCGGAUUUGAAGCGCAAGGAGAUUGAGUAUUCUGUGGGGGACUUCGUCUUUCUUAAGGUCUCGCCAUGGAAGAAGGUAUUAAGAUUUGGACGGAAGGAGUUAGAUCAGAUUCAUGAUGUGUUCCACGUCUCUAUGCUAAGGCAUUAUCGCUCUGAUCCCACACAUGUGGUUUCGACUGAGGAGAUUGAGGUUAUACCGGACCUGAAUUUUGAGGAGGAACCAGUUCAGAUUUUAGAUCGUAAUGUGAAAAUUUUGAGGAAGAAGUCUAUCCCACUCGUUAAGGUGCUUUGGCACAAUCACAGUUCAGAAGAGGCCAUGUGGGAACCCGAAGAGGUGAUACGACAGCAAUACCCUUAUCUUUUUUGA